UGUGUGACACGGCAAGUUUGGGGCCCGAAAGCUCCUGGGGACGAGGGUUUUGCCCCACGGGGAGCUCGCACCCGGCGCUUCCCCCUCGUGUUCGGGGGCGGAUCCGUGUUCUCCCCGCCGAGACAUCCCGGGCUGGCAAAAUCCAUCCGGCGAGGCCUCCCGGAGGACACCUGGGCUGGGAUGCGGCGCUGGAUGGGGCCGGGCCCCGCCGGAGAGCAGCGCUCGGUGCCGGCCAGCUGAGGAUCCCCCUGCACGUGCUGCUGCCCCGGGGACACGCCGAGGGGCCGCCUCUGCCCAGCCCUCCAAGAUGGUCAUGCCCAGGCCCCACCUCAGCCCUGCAGGGAUCGCCUUCGCCCUCUGCCUUCAGCACCUCGUCAGCACCAUCGAGGUCCCCCUGGAUCCAAGUAUUCAGAGUGAAUUGCCCCAGCCCCCCACCAUCACCAAGCAGUCGGUGAAGGACUACAUCGUGGACCCCAGGGACAACAUCUUCAUCGAGUGUGAGGCCAAAGGGAACCCCGUGCCCACCUUCUCCUGGACUCGCAACGGCAAGUUCUUCAACGUGGCCAAGGACCCCAAGGUGUCGAUGCGGCGCCGCUCGGGCACCCUGGUCAUCGACUUCCACAGCGGGGGCAGGCCCGAGGACUACGAGGGGGAGUACCAGUGCUUUGCCAGGAAUGACUAUGGCACUGCCCUCUCCAGCAAGAUCCACCUCCAGGUGUCCAAGUCUCCCCUGUGGCCCAAGGAGAAGGUGGAUGUGAUCGAGGUGGAUGAAGGGGCCCCUCUGAGCCUGCAGUGCAACCCACCCCCCGGGCUCCCCCCGCCCGUCAUCUUCUGGAUGAGCAGCUCCAUGGAGCCCAUCCAGCAGGACAAACGAGUGUCCCAGGGGCAGAACGGGGACCUUUACUUCUCCAACGUGAUCCUGCAGGACUCCCUGACCGACUACAGCUGCAACGCCCGCUUCCACUUCACCCACACCAUCCAGCAGAAGAACCCCUACACCCUCAAGGUGAAAACCAAGAAGCCCCAUAACGAAACGUCUUUACGAAAUUACACUGACAUGUACAGUGCCCGAGGGAUCACGGAAACAACUCCCAGCUUCAUGUAUCCCUAUGGGACCUCCAGCAGCCAGAUGGUGCUCCGAGGGGUGGAUCUGCUGCUGGAGUGCAUUGCAUCCGGAGUACCAGCACCAGACAUCAUGUGGUACAAGAAAGGAGGGGAGCUGCCCGUGGGCAAAACCAAGCUGGAGAACUUCAACAAGGCCCUUCGCAUCUCCAACGUGUCCGAGGAGGACUCCGGGGAGUAUUUCUGCCUGGCCUCCAACAAGAUGGGCAGCAUCCGCCACACGAUCUCGGUGAGAGUGAAGGCUGCCCCAUACUGGUUGGAUGAACCCGAAAACCUCAUCCUGGCCCCCGGGGAGGACGGGAGGCUGGUGUGCCGAGCCAACGGGAACCCCAAACCCUCCAUCCAGUGGCUGGUGAACGGGGAGCCCAUCGAAGCCUCCGCCCACAACCCCAGCCGGGAGGUGGCCGGGGACACCAUCGUGUUCCGGGACACGCAGAUCGGCAGCAGCGCCGUGUACCAGUGCAACGCCUCCAACGAGCACGGCUACCUGCUGGCCAACGCCUUCGUCAGCGUGCUGGAUGUGCCCCCACGGAUCCUGGCCCCCCGCAACCAGCUCAUCAAGGUCAUCCAGAACAACAGGACCCGGCUCGACUGCCCCUUCUUCGGCUCCCCCAUCCCCACCCUGCGAUGGUUUAAGAACGGCCAGGGGAACACGCUGGAUGGAGGGAACUACAAGGCGCACGAGAACGGGAGCUUGGAGAUGUUCAUGGCGCGGAAGGAGGACCAAGGCAUCUACACCUGCGUUGCCACCAACAUCCUGGGGAAAGCAGAGGCCCAGGUUCGCCUGGAGGUCAAAGACCCCACCAGGAUUGUGAGGGGGCCUGAGGAUCAGGUGGUGAAGAGGGGCUCCAUGCCUCGCCUCCACUGCCGCAUCAAGCACGACCCCACGCUGAGGCUCACGGUCACCUGGCUGAAGGACGACGCCCCCCUGUACCUGGGAAGCAGGAUGAAGAAGGAGGACGAUGGUCUGACGAUACUUGGCGUGGCUGAGAGGGACCAAGGGGAUUACACGUGCGUGGCCAGCACGGAGCUGGACAAGGACUCGGCCAAGGCUUAUCUCACCGUGCUCGCCAUCCCUGCUAACCGUUUGAGAGACUUACCCAAAGGACGGCCCGACCAGCCCCGUGACCUGGAGCUGACGGACCUGGCGGAGCGGAGCGUGCGGCUCACGUGGAUCCCCGGUGACGACAACAACAGCCCCAUCACAGACUACAUCGUGCAGUUCGAGGAGGAUCGCCUCCAGCCGGGCGUGUGGCACAACCACUCCAGGUACCCCGGGAGCGUCAACUCGGCCGUGCUGAGCCUGUCCCCGUACGUCAACUACCAGUUCCGGGUGAUUGCCGUCAACGAGGUGGGCAGCAGCGUGCCCAGCGAGCCCUCGGAGCGCUACCAGACCAACGGGGCACGUCCUGAAAUCAACCCAACGGGAGUUCAAGGUGCAGGUACCCAAAAGAACAACAUGGAGAUAACCUGGACGCCCCUGAACGCCACCCAAGCCUACGGGCCCAACCUGAGGUACAUCGUGCGCUGGCGGCGCCGGGACCCGCGGGGCAGCUGGCACAACGAGACGGUGAAGGGCCCCCGGCACGUGGUGUGGAACACGCCCAUCUACGUCCCCUACGAGAUCAAAGUGCAGGCCGAGAACGACUUCGGCAGAGCCCCCGAGCCCGACACCUACAUCGGCUACUCCGGGGAGGACUAUCCCAAGGCUGCACCCACGGACGUUAGGAUUAGAGUCCUAAACAGCACUGCCAUUGCUCUGACCUGGACCAGAGUGCACCUGGACACCAUCCAGGGACAGCUCAAGGAGUACAGAGCCUAUUUCUGGAGAGACAGUAGUUUGCUGAAGAACCUGUGGGUCUCCAAAAAACGGCAGUUUGUGAGUUUUCCUGGAGACCGAAACCGGGGCAUAGUGUCCCGGCUGUUCCCUUACAGCAACUACAAACUUGAGAUGGUUGUGACCAACGGCAGAGGAGAUGGGCCCCGCAGUGAGGUGAAGGAAUUCCCCACUCCUGAAGGAGUGCCCAGCUCCCCCAGGUAUUUGAGAAUCCGGCAGCCAAACCUGGAAAUCAUCAAUCUGGAGUGGGAUCACCCAGAGCACCCCAAUGGAGUCCUCACAGGAUACAGCCUUAGAUAUCAACCCUUUAACGGGACCAAAACGGGCCGAACCGUGGUGGAGAACUUCUCCCCCAACCAGACCAGGUUCACCCUGCAGAGGACAGACCCCAUCUCCCGCUACCGCUUCGUGCUGCGCGCCCGCACCCAGGUGGGAGAAGGAGAGCCCGUGGUGGAGGAGUCCCCAGCCCUGCUGGAUGAAGCCACACCAACCCCAGCCGCGACUGGGACGCCUCCAACCGCAGUGGAGCAAACCAGCCCUGCAGCCACCCCAAGCACCACCACCGACACCACCACCACCGACACCACAACCACCCCAACUACUACUGACACAACUACAACUACCACAGCUACAACCACCACCACCACAACCACCACAACCACCACCACCUCCACCACCGCGGCCGCCACCACCGCCGUCAGCACCACGGCAGCUGCAGAGAGGGCUCCGGCAGCCACCACAAAGCAGGAGUUGGCCACCAAUGGAUCGUCCAUAUGGGACAUAAGAGCUAUGGCUAAUAGUAACUGGGCAAACAUCACCUGGAGCCACAAUUACUCUGCAGGAACUGCCUUUGUGGUUAAGUAUAUCACCAGUAACAACACAGAGAGAUCUAUCCCUGUUAAAGCUCAGACCCCUUCCUCUGUGCAGCUGGCGGAUCUGACGCCGGGGAUGAUGUACAAGCUGUGGGUGUUCCCCAUAUGGUCUAGCCCCAGCGAGCACUCGUACAUAACCUUUACCACCAGCUCAGCCUACACCAAGAACCAGGUGGACAUCGCCACGCAGGGCUGGUUCAUCGGGCUCAUGUGCGCCAUCGCCCUCCUCGUGCUCAUCCUGCUCAUCGUCUGCUUCAUCAAGAGGAGCAGAGGGGGCAAAUACCCAGUCCGAGACAAUAAAGAUGAGCAUCUAAAUCCUGAAGACAAGAAUGUGGAAGAUGGAUCCUUUGACUACAGCGAUGAAGACAACAAACCUCUUCCCAACAGCCAGACGUCGCUGGACGGGACGAUAAAGCAGCAGGAGAGCGACGACAGCCUGGUGGACUACGGAGAGGGGGGAGAGGGGCAGUUCAACGAGGACGGCUCCUUCAUCGGCCAGUACACGGUGAAGAAGGACAAGGAGGAGACCGAAGGCAACGAGAGCUCCGAGGCCACCUCCCCAGUCAACGCUAUCUACUCGUUGGCAUAGCCCAGUGCCCGGGGAGCACCGACAGCCGGACGGGGCCCGCAGGGGGUGGGGUUCCGCGGGAGCCGCCGCCAACCCCCCGUGAUGGGAACGUGGGAAUGGAACCAACCAACAACGACGACAGCAACAACAAAAAAAAAAAAAAAAAAAAAAAAAAAAAGGGGAAAAAAAAAAAAAGACCGGAAAAAAAAAAAAAAAGAGAGAAAUCCAAGCAAACUGGCGGCCCAGGAGGCUGCCCAGGCCAUUUAUCCUUAGCAAACAAGCCAACGGCCGGGACUCGCGGGGUUGGAGAUCUGGGCUGAGCCAGAGGGGGCUGGGAGGGGAGAUGCUCGAGGUGAACCCCAGCUUGGGGGAAGGGGGGGGGGGCUGCACCCCAGUUUUGGGGCUGCCCCAGCACCCAGAGCCAGCCCCGAGGGGCUGCAGGGUGGGCUGGGCCGCCCAGGCUCCCCCAGGGCCCUUUCUGUCCUUUGGGGAGGGAGCUGAAAAUUCUUCCGUUUAAUUUUGGCAGGAAGGUUCUGGAUCGGAGGGGAGGGGAGGGGUAGAAAUAAAGUGAAGAGUUUGGGGGAGGGCAGAGGGGUGAGAGGGGCCUGGGCAGAGCAGCACAAACGUGUGAAAGGAGGAAGGGGGUGGAUCUUUGGGUGACAACACACUGUACUACUGAGCCAUCCAUCCUCACAGCAGCACCUUGCCCAGAGCCUCUCCCAGAGCAGCCAGAGCCACAACCUCCUUCCCCAGAGGUCAAGCAGCACCUCUGCAGGGAGGAGCAGGUCCCCAGCACUGCCCCAGCACCUGACUCAGGCGAUGCUGAUGCUCCACCAUCCCUUCCCCCUGCAGAGCCCACGGGGAGCUCACCAGGAGCAUCCUUGAAGGACAAGAGGCUGCAGGAGAGCUGGUGGGACUGGUGGAAGGACAGUGAGGUGCCUCCCACCCCCUGAGCCCCAGGGGAACAUCACUGCAGGCAAACCACUGGGGUUCAGUCUUUGCCUUGUAAGGAUUUUUGGGGGGUACCUGCCCCCAGCCCACACCUGCUUUCUUUUAAAGGCAACUCCAUAAAUCUUAUGUAGCAAAGAGGGAGCGGAAGCAGGACCAGGAUUAACAUGGGAUGAGGGGGGUGGAAAUCACUUGUACUUGAAAGGGAAUCAAAGGCAGAGGGUGAGGAUGGAAGAACCCCCCGGGUUGGGGUGGAGCAUCCCCCGGAGCCGCAGCUCGGAGGGCUCAGGGACACACCAGGAAGGCCCAUGGUGGGAACCCAGGACCCCAGUCCACACCUCCCCAGGCACUGGGCCGAGCCAGACGGACAGUGUGUCCCACUAAACCCCCUCCUCAUUUCUGACAGUGGCCUUUCCCCCCUCCAUCAAUCAGCCUGAGCGAGCCCCCCAUGCUGUCUUCUCUACAUAUCAACCCCCUGCGAUGUCAGUGACCCCCCCUAACGCCCCCCAGCUCGGGUAGGAGUGCUCCUCCACAUGCCUUACACAGCUUGGGACUUCCUGGGAAGUUCACUAAACUGGCACUCCCCCCGUAUCCCCCCCAUCCAGCCCCCAGGGCAGCAGGAGCAGGACACCCAGGCAGCAUUCCCGGCUGGCACAGCGUGGAUCACGCAGGAGUGGGGUAGAGUGUUGUACCAGCCCCGUGUUCAGUGGCCAAUGCCACGAGUGGCCUCCCACUCCCUGCACUUCCGAAACCAAAGGUACCUUCCCUGAGAGAGAUCCAAGGGUUCCUCCGAACCACGGACAUCGGGAUGGGGUUUUUGUUUCCUUUCCUUUUUUUUUUCCCCCCCCCAAUGAGGAGGUUUUUUCUUUGUGUUCAGCAUAGUGGAUCGAUUGCCACAGGAUUAAUGCAAUUAUCCUUUCAGCUUUCAAGCUGGUUGGCUCUGAAAGACAUGUUGUAACAGGAACACUUUCUGCUGCCGGGGGUUGGUGAGAGGGACUCGGCCACAUCCUUUGGGCUGCCCGUGGCACGAGGAGCCCGGGCAGCACCCGUGUGGCUCCUGCUGCUGAUCCCACAGGGAAAAUGGCAUGGAAGGAUGCAGCUUAAUUGCCUGGUUGCUCAUCCAGAUCCAGUGCAAAUGCCUCCCUUAAAAAAAAUAACCAUCAUUUACCUGGGCGGGCACAGCCUGCCCUGCCUGGUGCCCGGCCCGGGGCCCUGCACGUGUGUGACAGCUGAGAGGAACCCCAGGAGUGCAGGAUGUGGGGGGACACCGCCCUGGGCCCCUGAUCCUGGGGCUGCUCCCGUUCUCCCUGGAGUGAUGGAGCAGCAAGAGGCGGAAAAAGCAGCGGGAAAAAACCAGAGUUUUGGCCUGAGCGAGCCCUGAAAUCCACAGAAACCCAGCGGGACACGACGUGCCCACGGUGUCCCCCCGCCAGCGUUGCCUUCUCCUGGGUGAAAACCCCCAUCUCACAUG